AUGUCGGCCCACCAAGCCGGGCCCAGCCUCCAUUUUGGGCCCAUAGACCUACCACGUCCAGGCCCAGCUGCGAAUGUGGGCCCACCAACCCCGGCCCAGCAACCAUUUCCGGCCCUUGGAUCGACCAAGUUCAGUCCCGCCGCCAAUGUAGGCCCACCAAAACCGGGUCCAGCUGCCAUUUCGGGCUCAUGUACCCAACACGUGCAUUCCGCCGCCAAUGUCAUUUUACCCCAGCUGCCAUUUUGGUCCCCUGGACCUGCCCCGUGCAGCCCAGCCGCCAACGUCGGCCCACCAAGCUCGACCCAGCGGCCAUUUCGGGCCCUUGGACCAACCCAAAAAGGCCCAGCUGCCCGGCCGCAGACAGGCAAGUCCCUUAGCAGUGCCGGCCCACCACACCAGCAGUCAUUUCAGACAGCAGGUGCAAUCCCAGCAGCCAAUGCAAAACCUAUUGAACCAUGUCCAGCCGCCAAUAAUACUGGAUACAUGCCUCUUAUUGGGCAAUAA